UCGUUGGCGCUGUGCUGUCUGCUGGACAAAAUAACGCAACAGUGAAAAACUGGUUGAUUUUGUGUCGAUUCACGAAUGUGCCAGAGUUUUACAUAGACCAGUGGUGCACACGAGGUGAACAGAGUGUAUAUAAAACGGCAUAUCAGCAGUGACAGCGCUGUCAUUCGCCGGCAGUGCUUACAACUGUGUGUGCAAACGAGUUGAUGCGCGCGAAACACCAGCAGAAGUAGCAGCAGCAGCGGAAUAAAACGAAAACGUCAAGUAACAAAGAAAGAAAUACCUACAAAGAGUACUGAAAACGCCAACUAGGUGCGCCUACCUGCUGGCUGCAGUUAAUUGACUGCCAAGUGACUACAGUUGAGGAAUUAAAUCGGAAAGUGAAAAUUGUGUGGUGAAGGAGUUAGAAUUAAACGUUAGUACCGCGCUAAAAAUAUAUUUAUUUUUAAUAACUAACUUGCCACAGGCUGGUUCUUUGUCUUUUGCAAGUGCGCGCAGUUUGAUAGGCACUGUAUUUACCAGCCAGCGCGCCAGUGUUUACGGCUGAUAGAAGUGGUGGACAGUGAUUUUGUGACUUUAUUUUAAAUUUUCUGUGUAUUUUCAUAUCCAAACAGCUGCCUUGUGUGCUGCGUUGUUUGUUUUCAUUAUUGCAUUUUGUUUUACAUACUUACGCGUUGAUAUAUUUUGGGCGCUGCCGCGAUUCUACGAGCGCAGUUGCGCGUGUGAACAACGUGCGCUCCAGUUUUGUGCAGAAGAAGAAGCAGCAGCAGCUGCUGUUGUUGAGGGGUAGUAGUAGUGGAAUAAAGAAAAGCAAAGCAGAUGCACGACAAAAACAAAACUAAAUUUUUUUUAGUAGGUUAUAAACAAUGAGACUGACAUAAAUAAUAACAUAGAACAGUUUCUUCAUAACAAAAAUUAGAAAACAUACAAAAAUAGAGCUAAAAACUGUGCGUGCGAGAAAUAUAAGAAUAGUUACCUAAAAUAGUGUGAAAUUGCAACUAGUGCAUUUGACAAGCGUCAGCAGAAAAUUAUACAAAAACAAUACCAACAACACAGGCCAACAAGUGCAAAAAAGACAAAAAUGGAUGCAGACAACAAAAAACCAUUUAAGAUCAAGGAUGUCACGCGAAAUAUUAAGAAGGCCGUCGUCGCUGGCACGCUGGAGGAGUUGCGCUCCAAAGUGGGCGAAAAAUUCGAACAUGUCGAUGAUCAGCUACCGACCAUACAUUUGGAUUCCGAUGGCACUGAAAUUGAUGAUGAGGAGUAUUUUCGUACGUUAGAUGAGAAUACGGAGUUGAUUGCGGUAUUUCCAGGCGAACAUUGGAUUGAUCCCACCAACUAUGUUACCAUAACCAGUCAUCAUCGUGGCAGCAAUAGCGGUAUUGUUGGUGUUGGUGGUGGCGGUGGUGUUGGCGUUGGCGUCGGCGGCGGUGGCAUGGAGCCACCCGGUGAUACCACCGAUGCCGCAGCUGAGACCGCUCGUAUAAAACAGCUAGUGGGACAACUGCAAAAUAACCUGUGUAAUGUAUCGGUGUUGAGUGAUCCGGAUUUGGAUUCUUUAUCGAAUAUGGAUCCCAAUUCAUUGGUGGAUAUAACGGGCAAGGACUUCAUGGAGCAAUUGAAGGAUUCAGGCAGACCAUUGUGUGCAAAGCGAAACGCUGAGGACCGAAUUAACUUGUUAAAGCUGUUGCGCGAGGGUGCCAUCUUUUGUUCGGAACGUUAUCCGGAGGAUGCUGAAGCUAUCGAUAUGGAGAUCAGUCGGCAAUUGAAUAUGGAUGUAGCGCAAACAACAACAACAGUAACAACAAACACGAACACAACAACAACUAUAACAGCGAACACAACCACGGUAAAUAUCGGUGGACUAAUGGCCCAUCAACAGCAGCAGCAACAACAACAACAGACUAAUACAAUAAACAAGACAAUCGAACAAGUGCAAAAUGUAGCAGCAGUGGCAGUAGCAGCAGCUAAACGCAGAGCAACAAUGGAGGCACAAAUGACCUCAGUCGAUGUGGUGACCAUUGUGGAGACGCAUGUAGCGGCGACGGCGGCGGCGGCGGCAGUGGCAACAACAAAUACAAAAAACAAUAAUCAGCAAAAGACGACGACAGCUGGCGGUAACAACAAUAAUAAAACAAACGAUAUAUGACUACCGAUUUUUAGUAGUAUAACUUGAAAUUUAGAGAGCGCAUGCAAGGAGAAAGGUUAAGCGACGCGUGAAAGGCGAAUUGUAUGUACCUAAAUGGCGCGGCAGCAGCGAAUGCUGGGGGCCUGACAAAUUAUAUUGUAAUCAAGCGGCAAAUCAAUGAACUAUAAUGUAUGCAAUUGAAAUUUAACUUAUGGUUUGUGUGUAUACUUAUGUUGAUAAAAAAAAAAAAAAACAAUAAAAAAAGGAAAUAAUGAAUUUUUGGGCAAUAGCAUGCUCACCGGGCUUUAGCGAGAAGUGUGGGCAGAUAGGCGACCGAAAAGGCAGAAAUAAAAAAUGCUGAAUAGCAUUAAAAUUUUUCAAAUAAGUAACUAGAGAAGACUACGAAAAAAAAACAGUAGCACAGCACUCAUAGCGCCAGUCGAGUUAUUGUUUUAAUGAAUAAAAAAUAAAUAAAUAAGAAUCGAUAACUCCGUAAAAUUUAAGAAAACUGUGGUAGCAGCUUAUUUAAAUGAAAAAUAUUUCGCACUUGUAUUUUUAGCUUUUUUCACAAUAUAACUCGAAAUUUCACUCAAAAAUAAACAAAUAUUAAUACGUGUACAAACAAACACCACUCACUACUCAAUAUAAACUUCACGCGUGCAUUUUAACUUUUUCAGCACUAACAUACUCAUUAAGAAGCACUCGAAUAAUAUAUAUAUCACUCACUUUUAUACUGAAGUAAUACCAACUGGCUCAAGUUGUUAUAUUCAUAUUUUGAUUUUAUUUAUAUUUUACUUGAAAAUGUGAAGUUCUUUUUAAUUUUCGCAAUUACGAGUCACUCAAUAUAAACCCUGAACGCGAGAUUUAAUUUUAUUUGGCGCCACUCGAACACAAUAUCACUCACUUUUGUACACAAAAUCACUGAAGUCAUUAUCUUAAUUUUUGCAUUUCGUUUAGUUGUAACUCAAAAAUUAAUAGUUAAUUUAAUUUUCGCAAUUCACUCAACAUUAUUCGCUCAAAGUUAUUCACUCAACAAAGACUUCUUUCGUGCAUUUAAAUUUUGGCCAUACCAUUAUCAUUAAGAUGCACUCGAACAUAAUACUACUCAAUUUUAUACUCACAAAAGACAAAAACUCACUCAAGUUAUUAUGUCCAUUUGAAGUUAAGGACAUACCAUUUAAAUUAUUUUACCAAUAUGUAUAAUUAAAGUAGUAAGCAUUCAUUAAAUGUUCAGAAAUUUAUAGUUUCAUUCAAUUUUGGCAAAACACUCAAUCAAAAUGCACUCAAUUAUAUCCACUCAAUGUAAAUUUCACUCGGACAUUUACUAUUAAUAUGCACUUGAACAUAAUAUUACUCAGUUUUUCAUACUCAGUAGACACAAACUCACUCAAGUCACUAUCUACACUUUUGCAUUUUAAUGUUAAGAAAUUCCAUCUAAAUUGUAUUUUUAAUUUUUGCAGGAAUUCAUUUAUUAUUAAAAAAUGUAAACAUAUUUGCCUUUUAUUUUCGCAAUUAGCUCAAUAAAAAAGAUCACUCAUUGAUAUUGGAAACAAAAGCUGUUUGAAUUGUGCAUUAAAUUUUGACCGGAAUUAUAAAUUUUUAUGCUCGAAAUAAACUCAGAUUAUUAUUUACUCACAAUAUUGCAAAAAUUUCAUUAAAAAAUGUUCCCGAUUUUUUUUUUUUAAAUUUGUAAAGGAUUAAAAAAGAAAUGUGCACCUCUAUUGUUAUUAAUUUUCAUAAUUGUUUUUCGCCAUAUGGAUUUUAUUCAGUUUCCGCUCAGUUUGUAGAAACAUUGUUGGCAUGUUAUUAAAUGCAGUCUCCAAUCUAAGCGUUAAAAAAUUUAAUUUACGAAAAAUACUCAAUCGAAGUUCACUCAAUAAUAUUAAAAAAACACUACUCUAUUUGUGCAUAUGGACUAUUUGUUAUGAUUAAAAUAUUCUCUAGUAUAUUAGUUAAAAUAAACUAAAAAUUCAACUCAAAAAUUCAGUUCAAAAAUUUAACUUAAAAAUUUAACUCAAAAAUUCACUCAACGCUUUUUUCGGAACUUGAGUAAUUUUUGAGGGCAUAUAAACUAAAUACCUUCCCUAUCUAUCAUUUUUUGUCUUUUACACAUUUCCCACUUUUUUGUAGACACUUUAUUGUUGGUAAGUUAUAAUAGCACUAUUUUGAGUCAAGAGGCAUGACAUUUUUACUGGCGCUAAAAUUUACUAAUUCAGCCACACAAAAUAUCAGUCAAAGCACAUGAGUAUUUCAACGCACAUUUUCACUCAAAGCACAUGUGUAUAUCUCAUACUUAAUUAAGUGUCAAACUCACUCAUUCGUGUCUAAUAUCACUCAAAAUAUUACGAUACGAGUGACAAGUGUUUUAAUGUUAAAUGUUUAAAAAGUAAACGAAAUCGUGGCGGGCAAAAAAAUGAAGCGAAAAGAGACAAAAUAAAAAAAAGUCAGCGAGAGAAGUGGUAACAAAAAAAAACGUAAAGAAAUGAUAUAAACGCUACGUAAAGUAAUGACUACGUAACUUCAUGCAGUAAAGAUUUUGCAAUUUUACAAUCACGCUCAUGCUUAUACAUAACUAUAUAUAUACAAACUUACAUAUAUUCAUUGCAACCCUGAAACGACCAAAAUUUGAAACGAAAAAAAAACAAAAAAAAAACUUAACGAAUGAAAGAGAAAAAAUUGUCUAAAAAAUCAGCAGCGACAAGUACGUAAUAAACUUAUGUUAACUGAACUUAAAUACAUAUACAAAAUAUCUAAAAUAAAAAAAGGAAAAUUCAAUUUUAUUCUAUGCAUACAUACAUAUGUAUACUUAUGUGCGUAUGCGUUACUUAAAGAACUUCCAAAAACUUAACAAAAAAUUUAAAACAGUCAAGAAACUUUAAUGUAACAGCCGCCAGUCGUAAAGUCAGGCUUGUGCUCUAAGCUUAAAUUAAGGAGAAAGGAUCGAAACAAAUUAACGACUUUUGAAAAAAAAGCAGCUAAAUAAAGUAAUUGUAAGCGUACUCGUAUGAGUUAAGUUAGAUGUCUGUAAACGAAAGUUAACGUAACGUAAAUGUUAAAGGAAAACGUAAGGCAGGUAUAAAAAACAAAAACAGAAACAAAAGUGAAACACAGAAGAAACCUACAUAGAUGAAAAGGAACAGCGAGGCGCUGAAAUUGAAGAAGAUCUAUGAUCAACAUAAGUAAAUUAAAAAUUUAGUAUAGAAAUCGGCAGUCAAUAAAAUAAACGCAAGUAGAGAGCAUGCGCUUGUAGUUGAAAAUUCAAGAUUAAAUAAAACGGCAAAUAAAUGCAUAGAAAUUGA